CUGUCCACAUCCACUUCCACUUCCACUGCCUCAUCAUCCUCUUCCUCACAGAACGGCACCCACUUCCACCAGUCCCUGUCAGAGCUCGCUUGGUCAAACAUUGACACCUACUGGCUGUCUACAGGAAAUGCAUUGGACUUCUGAUGUCCCCAAAAAAAACUCUCAACCGCACUCACAAGUAUGUCUAUUUUCUCCGAUUUCCUCUCCGUUUGCGCAGUUUAUGUUCUACAUGUUGCUGUCCAACAGGUUGCUGUCGUGGAGGACUGUUUACAGGAUCGCUUGUGCGCAGACUCCGUUCUCUGUUUCCUGUCCUGUCUCUUGUGCUGCGUUCUGCGCAUGUCAUGUGUGAGUCAAGCGGAAUCGCUCACAAGCUCGUUCACACACUUCACAGCCCAGCGCACAAUACAAUUUAUCCAAAGAUGUUAUGUCUCCGACAGUUUUAUUCAACUCGAUCUUCAAAUAAUAUACCAAUAGAUAUGAACCAUUCAUCCAGAACAGCAUGUGAUCACGAGCAAGGUAUAGAGCUCCAGAUGUCUUAAGAAGAUGUUAGCAGAUAAGAGGACCGGAGCAGGAUCUCAGCCUCAUGAAACCCAGCUUGUGACACAUGUCUGAGACAGACAUCCUCAACACUCCCGAGUGUGGACAAUAUACUAUCACUGGAUUAUCAUAUGUAUCAGGCUAAAACUGAGCCUACUGUUGAUACAACCUGUGCUUCCCCUACGGACAACAACACUGUCACAACCAGGCUCAAAAACAAUGACCUCAACACAGAGAACCCCGUCACUGACACACAUUUGAAUCCUAACUCUGACACAGACACUAUGGCUGUUCCAGGUUCAGAUAUGAGAGUUACCAAAGAGGCUGAUCCGAAUGCAGUCAAGAGACAGCGGACCAGACAGGAAGAUGAGGAGUCGUGCCCGCCUUCUAGUAUGCCGCUGGGCUGGGUGAGAGUAGUGAGACGGAGGAAAAGUGGGAAGACUGCAGGCAAAAUGGACAUCUAUAUAACAAGUCCCCAGGGACAGAGGUUCCGGUCCAGGGCGUCUCUUCAAGCUUUCCUUCUCAGAGAUGCAGGAGGGGAUCUACAGAUAGAUGACUUUGACUUCACCAAAGCCAAGAGUGGCAGUGUAGCUGUGACUCCGCUGCCAAGCCAGGAGAGACAGAGGAAAGUUAAUCAGAAACACACACGUCAUACCUCAGAGGCCAAUAUCAAUGAAGACCGGCAGAACACAGAGGAGAAUAUGGAAGAGGGUAGAAUAUUAAGCCUGCCUCCAAAUAACACAAAAAUAGCCAAUUCCGCAAAAUCCUGCAAGCAGAGGACCAGACCCAGAGACAAGAGAACGAUAAUAACUCAUCUGAGGCCUGACAUGCCUCACCUGGCAAGGGGGAAUCACAGACCGGCAGCUGGGAGAGGCACAGAAACGGGCCAACCAUCAGACACAAAUGAAGACAUCAAAGAGACACACAUACAAGCCUCUGUGAGAAGGGGUGAGGAUGAUGAGACUCAGAGGCGUCUGAAGGUCGUGGCGGUAGUUGACGAUGUCAUACUGGAGAAGAGCCCCCAGAGGAGGCCGGGGCUGCUGAGAGAAAAGCUGCUCAGGCUGGCCCCGCCCACUGAUCCUCAAGAUGCUCUCAUUGGUCGAGAAGAACAGCUUCCUGUGUCACUGUUACUUGUCCCAGUCCUUAGGGUGCAGUCUGCUUCUGAGAGCGAGGGGGAGGCUGAGUCUGAGUUUGUGGGAGUGGGGGAGACUGAGGGAGUGGAGAAUAUAGAGGCAGAGGUGCAUGACGAAGAGCUGCCAUCUCCCCAGACCACUGGAGAGCGCUGUACACCACUGAAAGAUUCCCAGAGCAUGGUGCCUGUUGUUCCUGUUCUGCCCAGAACUGUUAGGAGAGAAACGGAAGACCAGUCCUUAUUUCAGCCGGAAGUCAAUGAGAGAUGGUCUAAGCCCCCCCAGGAGGAAAGCCUUAAGGAAGUGGACCCCUCCUCGCUCUCCCUUCCACCUGGUGCAGGAGACCCUUUUCCACGACCCUUGGAAACUCCUGGUAGCCACCGUGUUCCUCAACAAAACCAGCGGUAAAAUGGCCAUCCCGGUGUUGUGGCAGUUCUUUAAGCUUUACCCAUCAGCGGAGGAGACCAGGGGGGCAGAGUGGAAGCCCCUGUCUGUGCUGCUGAGAUCUUUGGGCCUGUAUGAACUGCGAGCCAAAAUCAUCAUCAGGUUCUCUGAUGAAUACCUGACCAAGCAGUGGCGCUACCCUAUAGAGCUGCAUGGGAUUGGGAAGUAUGGAAAUGACUCCUACAGGAUCUUCUGUGUAGAGGAGUGGAGACAGGUUGAACCCCAGGACCACAUGCUAAACAAGUACCAUGCUUGGCUGUGGGAGAACCAUGAGCGGUUGGGAAUCUGAACCAUGAGGAACUGCGAUGUCACAACCUGUUUUAUCAGUAUCUAGUUCUUAAAUCAUUAGGCUUAUAACCUGACAUAUCGGUAUCUCUCUUGGACAACAAUUGUUACUCAACAUGAUUCUAUUAAAUAAAUUGUUUUAUCAUGUUUUAAAAGCCUAAUGACUCAUUUACAUUGAAUUGGACUUUGAUGUUGUGCCUCUGGAAAAGCAACAGAUAAACUGUGUCCCUUUUGUCUAGUGGAGAUUGGUGUUCCUUUUUGCGUGUAUUGAAUCGUCUCCAUCUGUCUAGCUGUGUAGCUAUGCUCUGACAAUAGCUCGCCCAGCCCUAUUUCACAUGCUAAUACAUUUCUUUAGGAGAGCACCAGUGCAUUUAGCUACGCUAGGCUCCAGCUUUAUUCUCUGUCUGCACACGAGUAACCUGAUUCCCAGGGCAACCGUUGCCACCGCAAAACACCCAAGUGAGUGCAUUUGUUUGUACUAUUUCUAUUUGAAUCCAAGUCUUCAUAAUCAUUAAAGUAAAUAUUUGAAAAGGAAGUAGUUUGCAUGUAAUUAAUUUAACUUAACUGUUAUGAAAAAUAGCUUUACUGUUUUGACAGUGUCAGUAGUAAGAAGAGAGCUUAGUGUAAAAGUUAAGACAGAGCCUUUAGAAGUUUUUCAAUGCACAAGGACCGGACUCCACUGCUGGGGAAACACAAGGCACAGCCCUGUCUACGGAAUGAAACUUCCUGCUGUUUGCUUGAAUUCCACAACUCUGUCUAUUCCUCGAUCCAUACCUGUCCGCCAAAGUCGCUACCUUAUGGUCACUCCCCUGACAUUGCCCAUCAUCAUCUCACCUGCCUCUGCAGCACUGCCAGUCAGCCAGUCUGUCCCCAGACUGGACCCCCUCCAUCCUCCUCUGGCCCAUAGACGGACCGUCAGCCUGGAGACCCCUGCUGUGCAUCACCACAACCACCAGAGGGCACUGGUUAUGCAGAGAAAGGAGCACAAUAGGUAUCACCAGGUGUGGCGGAAGCCAUUCUACGGAUCCUGCACUGAAAGAGAGGAGUACAG